AAGAGACAAGAAGGGUCUCUUUAAGAGACAAGAGAGGAGUUGAACGUCCUCCACCAUACCUUAGUUUAAAGGGGCGAUUGUGGAAGUCCCAUGAAAUGCCACAUAGUGAUGGUGUCACUUUAAAAAACACCCAAUCCGGUCUGUGAACGGUUGGCGCUAAGAAAGGCAUCCAGCUGUAAAACAAUGCCAAAACUCUUUAAUAAUGACCAUAAGAAUAGUUGAUCAGACAAACUGCGUAAACGGGGCUGGAACUCUAAGGAGUAAAGGUGUCGCGCACGGUAGGACAGAUGUCAGGUGGGAGCAUCGUCAGAUCGUUACCCAGCUAUCACAUCACAGGGUUGAUAACACUAGGUUGAGGAUGGCUAGUGUAAAUGUUGGUACUCUGAGAGGCAGAGCAGGUGAAGUAGUUGAAAUGUUAGAACGUAGAUCUGUUGAUAUGUGUUGUGUUCAGGAAGUCAGGUGGAAAGGAGUUUCAGUGAGAUUUGUGGAAGGUAGGAGGGCAAGGUAUAAGCUUUUUUGGAUUGGUAAUAGUGAUGGAUAUGGAGGAGUUGGCAUAUUCGUUGCAGAGAAGUGGGUAGAAAAAGUAAUAGAUGUUAUGCGUGUUAAUAGUCGUAUUAUAGUGAUAAAGUUUUUGAUAGGUAAUAGGAUUGUCACUUUUCUGUCAGUUUAUGCUCCACAGUGUGGACUCAGUGAGGAAGAUAAAGAUAAGUUUUAUGAUGAGUUAAUAGCAGCCACAUCAACGUUUGGAGACACUGAACCUGUGAUGGUAGGCGGCGACUUUAAUGGUCAUGUUGGGAAGUCAUCUGAAGGUAAUAGAGGUGUGCAUGGAGGCUAUGGAUUUGGGAGCAGAAAUAAGGAAGGGGAGAGAUUGCUUGAGUUUGGAAUGGCAACGGACAUGGUGAUUUGCAACACAUCAUUCAGUAAAAGACAGAGUAGGCUGAUAACAUAUGAGUCAGGUGGUUGUAAGACACAGAUAGAUUGCUUCCUGGUUAGAAAGUCAGACAAGAAAGUGGUGAAGGACGUGAAGAUAAUAUCACAAACCAGCAACCUAUGCUGGGAAACACACUCUUCCCCCGAUAUAACCUUCACGUCCUUCACCACUUUCUUGUCUGACUUUCUAACCAGGAAGCAAUCUAUCUGUGUCUUACAACCACCUGACUCAUAUGUUAUCAGCCUACUCUGUCUUUUACUGAAUGAUGUGUUGCAAAUCACCAUGUCCGUUGCCAUUCCAAACUCAAGCAAUCACUCCCCUUCCUUAUUUCUGCUCCCAAAUCCAUAGCCUCCAUGCACACCUCUAUUACCUUCAGAUGACUUCCCAACAUGACCAUUAAAGUCGCCGCCUACCAUCACAGGUUCAGUGUCUCCAAACGUUGAUGUGGCUGCUAUUAACUCAUCAUAAAACUUAUCUUUAUCUUCCUCACUGAGUCCACACUGUGGAGCAUAAACUGACAGAAAAGUGACAAUCCUAUUACCUAUCAAAAACUUUAUCACUAUAAUACGACUAUUAACACGCAUAACAUCUAUUACUUUUUCUACCCACUUCUCUGCAACGAAUAUGCCAACUCCUCCAUAUCCAUCACUAUUACCAAUCCAAAAAAGCUUAUACCUUGC